AAAAAUAUUUUUCAAACAUUAUUUUAUUUCCACUGGUACCCUCUCACUCAGUCUGCUUUACUUGUUCAUGUGUCAAAACUCAUUUGUAUUUUGUCCCUCAAAUUCAUAAAAAAGAAAAGAAAUAGGAAAGCCCAUUUCAAGAACAAGAAAAGGCUACCCACUCUCUCUGUUCUGUCUCUUCAAUUACAAAGCCGAAAUUUAUGUGUCUGAACUGAAACAACUGCCUGAUAUAUCUCUCUCUAAGCCAGAAAUGGCUGUUUCCAUUGGAAGCAGCAUCUGGGAUUAUGUUGUAGAGAUGACCAAGCUUGCCCAGGAAAAGGGUGGUGAUCCUUUGCUUUGGGCUCUUCAAAUAUCCUCAAAUUUGAGCUCAAAUGGUGUUUCUUUACCUUCUCCAGAGCUUGCAGAUGUCUUAGUCUCUUACAUUUGUUGGGAUAAUAAUGUCCCCAUUAUUUGGAAGUUUCUUGAGAAGGCCUUAGUCCUCAAGAUUGUCCCUUCUUUAAUGGUUCUUGCUCUUCUUUCUGAUAGGGUUAUUCCAUGUCGACAUUACCGCCCAGUGGCAUAUAGGCUUUUUAUGGAACUUCUCAAGAGACAGGCCUUUUCACUUAAGUGUCAGAUUAAUGGGAUGAAUUAUGAAAAGAUCAUGAAAUCAAUAGAUGCUGUUCUCCAUCUGUCCCAGAAUUUUGGUCUGCAAGCCAGUGAUCCUGGGAUUCUUGUGGUUGAGUUCAUCUUUUCAAUUGUCUGGCAGUUGUUAGAUGCAUCAUUGGAUGAUGAAGGGCUGUUGGAACUUACCCCAGAGGAGAAGUCCAGAUGGGCAACAAAACCUCAAGAAAUGGAAAUAGAUGGUCUUGAUAAUUAUGAUGAGCAGAGGACUGAACAUCAUGAGAAAUUGCAGAAUCUGAAUACUGUAAUGGCAAUUGAGAUAAUUGGCCUAUUUCUUGAACAUAAAUUGACUUCAAGGAUUCUCCACUUGGCACGGCAGAACUUGCCCACUCAUUGGGUAAGGUUUGUCCAGAGAUUACACUUACUUGGAGCAAACUCAUCAGCGAUAAGAAGUUCAAAAACUUUAACUGCUGAGGAUCUUCUGCAGUUAACUUCAAAAACUCAUGCAUCGUUCACUCGAGUAUCCAAAACAAGUUCACUUCAGAAGUUCCAUGAAGUUAUGGCUUUAGGGUCGUUAGUAUCUUCUGCUGGUCUUUGUCAUGGAUCUAGUCGUUCAGCCCUUUGGCUUCCUCUUGAUCUUGCAUUAGAAGAUGCCAUGGAUGGGUAUCAAGUUAAUGCAACAAGUGCUAUCGAAAUCAUAACUGGUUUAGUGAAAACCCUACAAGCAGUAAACAGCACCACUUGGCAUGACACCUUUUUAGGCCUUUGGAUCGCAGCUCUUCGUCUUGUUCAAAGGGAAAGAGAUCCUAUUGAGGGCCCUAUUCCUCGCCUGGAUGCUCGCUUAUGCAUAUUGCUGUCUAUCAUACCUCUAGUUGUUUCUGAUCUUAUUGAGGAAGAGGAAAAUGCACCAACUGAAGAGUCAGAAUCUGGCUCCACAAAUCACUGGAAGGAAAAUAAAUUUCAAGGAAAGCGCCGCAAUGAUUUAGUUUUUAGUUUGCAGUUACUUGGUGAUCACCAAGGCUUGCUGAGUCCACCUCAGUCUGUUGUUUCAGCCGCCAAUCAGGCUGCGACAAAAGCAAUGUUGUUUGUUUCUGGAAUCACUAUUGGGAGUGCCUACUUUGAGUGUAUUAACAUGAAAGACAUGCCAAUCGAUUGUUCUGGAAACAUGCGCCAUCUGAUAGUUGAGGCUUGUAUUGCCAGAAACCUAUUGGACACAUCAGCGUAUUUCUGGCCUGGAUAUGUUAAUGGGUGUAUCAACCAAAUACCUCACAGUGUGCCUGCCCAGGUUCCUAGCUGGUCAUCAUUCAUGAAGGGGUCCUUACUUACCCCAGCAAUGAUCAGUGCUCUGGUUUCGAGUCCUGCUUCAAGUUUAGCAGAGCUCGAGAAAGUAUAUGAGCUUGCUGUCAAAGGGUCAGAUGAUGAGAAGAUCUCUGCUGCUACAAUUCUUUGUGGGGCUUCUCUUCUUCGGGGCUGGAACAUACAGGAGCAUACUGUUCAUUUCAUUACUAGAUUACUGUCACCUCCAGUUCCUGCAGAUUAUUCUGGGGGUGACAGCCAUUUGAUAAGCUAUGCUCCAAUCCUGAAUGUGCUUAUAGUUGGACUGGCAUCUGUAGAUUGUGUUCAGAUCUUCUCACUACAUGGUUUGGUUCCUCAACUUGCAUGUUCAUUGAUGCCAAUCUGUGAGGUUUUUGGGUCAUGUGUGCCAGAUGUCUCAUGGACUCUGCCUACAGGGGAAGAUAUUUCUGCUCAUGCUGUGUUUUCCAAUGCAUUUGCACUUCUGUUGAAGCUAUGGAGGUUUAAUCACCCUCCUCUUGAGCAUGGUGUUGGAGAUGUACCGACAGUUGGUUCUCAGCUAACUCCUGAAUACCUCUUAUCAGUGCGAAACUCCCACCUAGUCUCUUCCGGAAGCACCCAUAAAGAUCGAAAUAAAAGGAGACUCUCUGCAGUUGCAACUUCUUCAUCACUAGAGCCAGUAUUUGUAGAUUCAUUUCCAAAAUUGAAAGUCUGGUAUCGGCAACAUCAAAAGUGUAUAGCUUCUACACUAUCUGGUCUUGUCCAUGGAACUCCGGUUCAUCAGAUUGUCGAUGUGCUUCUUAACAUGAUGUUCAGAAAGAUCAAUAGAGGAAGCCAAUCUGUAACUACUGUUACUUCUGGAAGUAGUGGUUCCAAUGGAUCUAUAAGUGAUGAUUCCUCUCUAAGACCUAAAUUGCCUGCCUGGGACAUAUUGGAAGCUGUUCCGUUCGUGGUUGAUGCUGCAUUGACAGCCUGUGCUCAUGGAAGGCUUUCACCACGGGAAUUGGCUACAGGGCUUAAAGAUUUAGCAGACUAUCUUCCUGCAUCUUUGGCAACUAUUGUCAGCUACUUCUCUGCUGAAGUAAGUCGAGGUGUUUGGAAGCCAGUGUUUAUGAAUGGUACAGAUUGGCCAAGUCCUGCAGCAAAUUUGUCAAAUGUUGAGGAAAAGAUCAAGAAAAUAUUAGCUGCUACUGGUGUUGAUAUCCCAAGCCUUGCUUCAGGAGGAAGCUCUCCAGCUACGCUUCCCUUGCCUCUGGCUGCUUUUGUGAGCCUCACCAUAACCUACAAAAUUGACAAAGCCUCAGAAAGAUUUCUCAAUUUAGCUGGUCCAGCCUUGGAGUGCCUUGCAGCAGGUUGCCCCUGGCCUUGCAUGCCAAUUGUGGCAUCCUUAUGGACCCAAAAGGCGAAGCGAUGGUUUGACUUCCUUGUCUUUUCUGCAUCUCGCACUGUCUUUCUCCAUGACAGCAAUGCAGUGUUUCAGCUUCUUAAAAGUUGCUUUGCUGCCACACUCGGUCUCAGUGCCACAGCUAUUUAUAGCAAUGGUGGUGUUGGGGCACUUCUUGGCCAUGGUUUUGGUUCCCAUUUUUGUGGUGGUAUCUCUCCUGUUGCCCCUGGAAUUCUUUAUCUUCGUGUUUACCGAUCCAUUAGAGAAAUUGUGUUUGUGACAGAAGAAAUUAUCUCUCUCAUAAUGCUUUCUGUGAGAGAAAUAGCAUGCAGUGGGCUUCCCAGAGAGAAAUUAGAGAAGUUGAAGAGAUCAAAGAAUGGACUGAGAUGUGGACAGGUUUCUCUUACUGCAGCAAUGACGUGGGUGAAAGUAGCUGCUUCUCUUGGAGCUUCUCUAGUAUGGUUAUCUGGAGGUGUAGGCUUGGUUCACUCGUUGUUCAAAGAAACUUUGCCUUCUUGGUUUAUUGCUGUUCACAGGUCUGAGCAGGAAGAAGGGCCCAAAGGGAUGGUUGCCAUGCUUCAGGGAUAUGCACUGGCUUAUUUUGCUGUACUUUCUGGUGCUUUUGCUUGGGGAGUCGAUUCAUCCUCAUCAGCAUCAAAGCGGCGUCCUAAGGUCAUUGGUGCACACAUGGAACUUCUAGCAAGUGCACUUGAUGGGAAGAUAUCGCUAGGUUGUGAUUGGGCGACGUGGCGGUCUUAUGUCUCGGGGUUUGUAAGCCUAAUGGUAGGUUGCGCACCUUCUUGGGUGUUGGAGGUGGACGCAGAUGUUCUGAAGAGAUUAAGCAAAGGGUUGAGGCAGUGGAAUGAGGGGGAGCUUGCCUUAGCAUUGCUGGGAAUUGGUGGAGUUGAAACAAUGGGUGCGGCUGCUGAACUGAUAAUUGAGGAUCAGUGAUCACCAUUUCUUUCUCCAGUUACUUUUUCUUUUUGGAGAAAAAAAAAAAAAACCUUUUUACUAGGUUAGCAGUUCUAUUCCAUAGCAUAUAGUUGUACAUUGUCUUACGUUUUGGAAUUUUGUGUAGCCCACGGACAUUUUCUAGUAGCAGUCGCUGCACUAUGUUUUUUUUUUUUUUUCUAACAAAAAAAGAAAAAGAAAGAGAAAAGAACGAAAGAAAAAUUUAGUACU